AUGGCGAACACAAGCUUGAUCACGUUAACGCUCACGCCAGAUCCAAGCUUUAACUGGUACUUUCUUCUGGAGAUCAUUGUCUCGUGCAUCCUUGUGUUGUUCUUCCUACUUUACUUCAAUCGCCUAUUCGCAACCCUCCUCUCGUACGGUAUCCGAGCUUACACGUGGCAUUACUAUCGCGCAUAUGUCGACAUCCAUGCUCUCCAGGUCUCCUUACUUGGAGGUAGGAUUUUCUUCAAGGGCAUCCGAUACCAUGGGGUGAAUGAAACGAUCUUUGUACACGGGGGGUUUAUAACGUGGUGCUAUUGGAAACGGUCGGUUAGAAAAACAGAGUUGUCCGGCCGUGAACCCGACGAAAAGCGAGGAAGUGGUCAGUCUCCUGACGCCGAGCGCGCCAGUAGUGCUGCGGACAGUGGAGUCAAGGAACAAGGAGGCCAGUGCAGAUCGGAUACGCUCCCCUGUCGCAUAACGGCCAAGUUCUACGGACUUGAGUGGUUCAUUUACAAUCGGACCCCCGCUUAUGACAGUAUUCUCGCCGGUUUCACGGAAAACCCAGCGUCCUUUACCAAGCCGCAAUAUCCAGCAAGCAAUGCGGUUGACCCUGAAUUGAAGGCGCAUUCGGAAAGGAACUCCGAUGAGAACGGAUCAGAGUUCGACAGGACAUCGGCUACCGACCAUGCUCCAGGGCGAACGAGGACUGGCAGGGAUACGAUCGACUCCCAAAAAGUCGGAGGCGCCGAGCAGGAAAUGGAAGAAAGCUUGAAUGGGGCUAUCGUGAUGGGCAAUGAGAACACGAAAUCGGUUUUGACCACCACGUUUGACGGCGCAACGGGUUUGAUCGAGGCGUGCAAUGCUGGACCGCUGGACCUUUAUCGCCAGUCCUUCACUUUCCAGAUGAGUCAUCCUGUUAUUCAGAUGCGACCAAAUCCGGAUUUCAAACAGAAUCAACUCGCCGCUGCAAAGGGCAUCAGUUCAACGGACGAGGAUCAGCCUCAAGUCAAGCGCAAAAGGGACACUAUGUUCAACUACCAACUUCAAAAGCGCAGAGUGUGGCAUAGCAUCCGCGAUCUUAUUCCGUACUUCCAAACGUCUGUGGAAUCAUUCCAUGUACCGGAAAAACAGGCCGACAAUGCACCGAGGAACCAGAUGGAUGGCAGCAGUGACGUGCGUUGGGUCGGCCUCUCACGAUACCUGGAUGAAACUAGCCAGGAUGAUCAUGGCGAAUGGAGUUCCAUCGAGUAUGGUAGGUUCUCGACUGUUCUGGAUACCCCUAGUAUGACAGUAUCCUAUUUCUGGGAUAUCCCCGGGUGUGUUCGGCCACAAUCUGCGCAAGAACCUACAUCCGGCAAAGUUUCGCAGGAUAUCAAUGGUGCGCCGCCCCCGGAAUGGGGGAUUGAUGUCAAACUCGAGGGCGGAACUAUCAACUACGGCCCAUGGGCUGAUCGGGAACGAGUUGGCCUGCAGAACGUAUUCUUCCCCAAUGCUUACCGAAGCUCUCAACCCGCAGAGCCUUUGGUGCCGGGAGACCUAAGGAAGAACUCAGCAUUCAGAUUUCGGGUGGAAAUUAGUGAAGAGUUGACACUGCGCGUCCCCACAAGGGAGCCGUCCAAAGACUGGCAGUGGAAAGGCAGAGCUGACGCAAUAAGAGGCGCUUCGAAAUUAAAGAAGCCACAGCGGAGGAGACAGCCCAGGGCUGCCGAUGGUGACAAAGGGAACAUUGGUCCUGACAUUCGUCCCUUUGGUUGGUUCUCCCUUCGUGUGGCUGGCGAUUCUACCAUAAAUUACUCUAUGGACAUGGUGGCCUCGGAAUCUGGAUUCUCAAGUCAACUCGAUCUCGAUCUUCGUGACUCCAGAAUGUCAUCCAGCGUCAAUCAUGCCCUAUUAUGGCAAUGUCCCAAGCAGCUUAUCAACUGCGACCUCUCCGUCCCGCUCAUCUGGAACAAUCUUCGGACAUGGACCUUCAAUGUUCAGAGUCGUGAUAUGGAGCUGUUUCUGUUGCGCGAUCAUACCUUUCUCUUAACAGAUCUAGUAGGUGACUGGGGGUCGGGCCCUCCUUCGGAUUACUACACGUUUGUGCCGUUCAUCUACAAACUCAGUCUCUCCUUCGUCGAUUUGAAGCUGUUUGUGAAUGUCAAUGACCUCAACAUUAUCAGCGACCCUUCCGAUUUGGAUGACAAUCGCUUGCUUGUGAUAAAGGGCAAAACACUAACUUCCGAUGUCAUGAUUCCUCUAAACAAAUACAGGAACGAGCAGAAUGCUGUGGAUUUUAGUGUCAAGCUGCAUGAUGCUGGAAUAGACUUCUUAAGUCCAGUAUGGGAUACGCUGCACACAUUUCUGCAAAACAAAUCAACUGCCACUCUGGAGAAUCUCUCAAUUGAUGGAUCCUACAAUUACUAUCUUUCAACGUCGCCCGAUUUGACGGACACGCUUUUCCUCAAUAUCGACGGGCGGUCGCCGAAACUCUACUUGUUUGGAUUCCUGAUUCGGUGUUUCAUGACCGUGAAAGAGAAUUAUUUCGGAGAAGACAUGCACUUCAAGACUCUCGAGGAGUUCCAAGAGCUUGCGUACAGUCAGGAACAGUCGGAACCGCAUAAUGGGGUGAAUCCAAACCGCAAGUCGAAUGAUCUUGACGUGAUUGUGCAUGUCACAGUUGACAAUCCUUGUGCCCUUCUUCCGGAAAACGUGUAUGACCAUAUGAAUUGUCUAAGGCUUACUGCUCCCUCGCUGGAGAUUGAUUUGCGGUUUACCAACUACUACAUGGAUUUACUGUUCUCGAUAGCCCCUCUGAAGGUGGGUUUGGAAUCACAAGUGAUCAACCAGCCUUCAACCGUGUCCGAUACUCAGCUCUUCAUCGAUGGUGUUUCGGUCCACGGUCAUCGUCUAUUUGGGUUGCCUCCUGCAGAGCCAACGUAUGUUUGCAAUUGGGACUUUGGCGUGGGCCAGAUCAUUGGAGAAUGCUCAGCCGAAUUUCUGGCUUGCUUGGGUGCAGCCUUGAAGAGUUUCGACUUUUCCUUCGACAACGAAGAGAAUGCACUUCCGCCAUUGUUUCCGCUCAUCCUUCAUGAUGUCACUUUUCUGCGUGCUAAAUUCGAGUCAAUACACAUCUCCGUGCUUCUGGAUCAGGCUGCAUUUCUCGUGAGCUCCGGUACUGUUACAGUCCAAUUCAAUGAUUGGGCAAACGAAAGAUUCUCAAAACGCAUGAGUCUGCUUGUACCAGAUCUCUUGAUUUCUGCGCUGGACUACAACUUUGUUGGUCGAUUCGGAAACCUCCUUAACACGCGAGUGAGCCCGCUUGCAAUCUUCAGGACAACAAUCAAACUGCGGAUGGCACAAAGGAAACAUGACAUUAUUGAGGAUCGGAAGCUGCAACAAGAGCAUAUUAGAUCACACGACGAAAGGACCCAGAGAACACCGUGGCUGCUGUUUGACUGGGACGACAUGGACCCCGAGGCAAUGCAUAUGAAGAGCGACAAAUACCCCAUUCCAACUAUCCCUAUACCGACAAUGCCUGAGCCGCUUCUUAAAAGUUCAGGGCGGCUGGCUUCGUCGUUGGAACGACAGUUCCCUGGAAGUAGGAAUCCUUUGGGCUCCAAAAGCUUCCUCAUAUCUUCAGAUGCUUCAAGUAUAAGGAGUGGUCGUAGAGGAACUUCCAGCGUUAAUCGAGCACCAAGUGUAGCUUCGAGGAGACAGCAGGAUCACAUUCAGACCUUGGGGACAGAUGGGCAAAAAUCACUUUCGCUCGAAGAGCGCAAGAAAUACGCCAAGGAAUCUUCAGCCAGUGCCCCGGACACAAACCCUUGGGUUAUGCCUAGUUUUACCUUGCACAAGGUUAAACUGGACAUGUCCCAUCUACCAUAUGCCCCUUCUUCUGACGACGAUGCUCAUCGGGAUGGCUCUCAUGUGACGAGGUUUGACCCUCAAUUUUCUCCCUUCGAAGAUGAUGAAACAACCCACACCAACUUUGCGCUCGAAUUGCCCGCUGGGGUCAAGGGGUACUGCACGCCAGAUUUUCUUUUCAUGAUAGCGACAUUAAUUGGAAAACUACAACCGAGACAUCCGAUUGAGAUCAUUGAUUCGCUUCAGAAAGAUGUCAUUUCAGAUAUCGUCGGUUAUGAAAAAUCAUUGAAGCAACCAAAAAAGUCAACAGGUUUUGCGAUCCGGGCACCGUUUAUCCUGGUGAAUUUGGUCAACACGUACGAGCCGCUUGCUCAUUCUGAGGCUGGCUUCCGAGACGAGUACAGCCUUGCAAUAACACAUCUAAGCACCGAGCUGCGAACCAAAGUUGACAGACACAAGGAUGAUCUUCUGGCAGGUAUAAGCAAAAGCUCCACAGUACACGUAGCCGCCGAAAGCUUUUCAUUGGCUGUGCAAGGGAACCGGAGUGAUGCAUAUCAAGAAAAGGCUGAACUAAGUUGUGUCUUUGGUGACAUGAACUUCUGGCUUGUGACGAAACCUACAACGAGAUCCCAUUUCCAGACCCGGGCCCUUGACACUGUCACAUUUACAAAAUCAGUGGAACAUUUAGCAUUUUUGGUGCGUCGCACAACGACCAUGCUUGACUCUGUCGCAUCUUCGUUCCAGCACAGCUCCUCGCUUGAUAGCAAGCGGCUGCGCCUGCUCAUAUACUCCCUCACACAAGCCGCUGCUGAUAAACCAGAUCCUGCGUUUCUUACACGUAUAUCGUACGUGCUUCGAGUGGCUCCGACCCAUGUGCGGCAGCACGAUUCGUGGAAGAUCAUAUCCCGCAUCCGCAAUGUCUAUAAUCGCUUGCCUGCGGAUCAGCAGCAAGAACUGGCGUCAAAGUGUCUAGGGGGUGAUUUGUCAUUGCCACCCGAUGCUCGAACGACUGUUCUCAGCAGUUUCGAUCAGUGGCGCGCGUGGGAUUUAGCACAUGUUGAAAAAAGCUACGUCAUGCAAACCAUAUGGAGCUCUUUUGCAGCAACCAAGACCACGACUUCGCCAACACCACUGAAGUUCUCCUCUACGGUGAAAAUGUUCCGGUUCUCUAUCGAUCCGGGACCAAAGGAAAGCGACUUCAUUGUUGAAGACAUGUCCACGGCUGUAACUGUUACUCCGCAGCAGUACAUGACUUCGAAGAAUGAAGAACGAUACAAGAGCUUGAAUGUCAUUCAAACUUACUCUUCUUCUAUCAGUCUUCGCUUGCGAUGGGAGAUCUUGGAGCUUGUCGAAGGUGUGAUGAAAACAAUGGCUAAUGUUCAAUUGGAAUCAACCACUCCAGGGGGGAAUGACUCCCGCAGCGAGGACGGAGAACGCGAUGAGCUGCAAGUUGUUUUCGGGACCGACCUUGGAACCAUCACUCUGGAUGGUAUUAAUAUCAAGCUGGCUUGUAUCAGCCAAGGUCUUAAAGCGUCGAUUGUUGACGGAACCGAGGGCAUGGCGGUCUUCUUCAGUUCUCAAGCUGGGUUUUCUGAACUGUCAAACCUGUCUCAAGUUCUUAUGUCUUGGAAACUUGGCAGUCCACAUGUUUAUCUCUCUCGAGUGUCGGAGGAGACCGAGACUGAAAUCGUCUAUGAAUGGAAGGUUGCCGGAUCAUGUCAAAAGCUUCUAUACGUCAUGGAAGAAGACUUGAUCAACCUUGCCCAUACAGCGGAUCGACUAAUAGAAGACGAAGUCCGGUAUCUUCAUCGGUUGGCUACUAAUCUGGACCUGCCAGCUCGCAAACUGAGUGAGACCCCCACUGCAAAGAAGACAACGCAAAACAGGUUCCACAUUGCGAUGUUCCUGGACAAUUAUCGGCUGAGCUUCUGCGUUUUGCCGUCGUUGACAUACGUUAUCUCUGGAGACGUUGCGCGAGCAUCCAUCAUACAGACAAUGGAGUCGAAGAUUGAGGUAGAUUUUGAUCUGAAAAAGAAUCUGCACACAUUCAUGUCAGGCGAAAGGGGCGGUCGGCGUCCUUUGUCAGUACUGGAGAUUCCGCCAAUCAAUGGUCGUGUUGUUGCGAACCUGUCGUCGAACCGUACCGAUAUGGAGGUGGAUGUCACAAUCGAGCUUAUCCAGCUGGAGGCCAGUGCAGUGCGAAGUCUUCUGGGUGCUCUGGCGACUCCCGAAUUCUCUCAUCUCAUGUCAGACCUCAAACAAAACCUCGAGACUCUGCAGCUCCAUCUCAACGACGCCCUCGCCCUGGAUAAACCCACUCCUCAACAAAGGAAACCGUCCAAUGGCCACGCUAUUCUUUACAAAGCGCGCAUGACUAUGGCCGGGACUAAGAUCCAUGCCACCGCACCUGCUGUCAACGGAAAGAAUUAUACAGCAGACAUGGACUUUAGCCUCGGGAUGAUGCGCAUGCGCCUUGACAAUGGCUUGGACGAUGGAUUCGCUAUGGAAUAUCCUGAGUUUCACAUUGAUACAUCCAACAUCAGCUUCGAUCUCCGACGGCAGGAGCAAUUCAAAAGCCGAUCAUACUGCGGCUUUACCAUUGAUGCUAAACUUCAAGCUACCUCCAUGAGGCGUGAGAACGGUGACCUCAGGCGAGUGUACCAUCUCAGCAGCAAGCAGUUCAACGUUGAGCUGUUUUCUGAGACGGCUGAGCUGGUGGUUGAUAUGGCCGUUCACCUUCAAGAGCGUAUCAAAACUUUGGAUCUGUCCCACGAAGUCAAGCGACUGAAAAAGCUGCGACGACGAGGCCAUCCGGAACCCAAGAACAAAAAGCUGGAAAUUCCUGACAUUCAGGUGAACGAAGAAUUCAACCCCGAAGAUUUCUUCGACGCCAUGUACUCGUUGGAUUUCAACAACAUCCAGAUUGCCUGGAACAUGAGUACAGUCCAAGUGCCUUUAUCUGAACGUAGGCCGGACGACCUGGUUUUCUCCAUAAAGAGUGUGGAUCUUUCGAACAAGAAAGCAAAUGCUGCCAAGCUUCGCAUUGAAGACAUGCAGUUACAAUUGGUUCCAUAUUCUGCUAGCCGGCAAAAACGGUCACUCAACUCGGCCUUACUUCCGGAGUUGGUUUUCAACGUGGCCUAUUCUUCAGCUGGGGAUGAGGUCCGACUCGCCUUCCAGGCGGCUGGUAAAUCGCUUGAUAUACGGCUCACGUCCGACUUUAUCCUGCCGGCAAGCAUGAUACGAGAUUCUAUUGCUGCUACUAGCGGAGUCGUUCGUGAAGCUAAUACGACCUUCGUGCCGAAGCAAACUGAAGACAAUCCCAAGCAAGAUUCUCUUUUUGGCAACAAACGGUUUCAGUCGGUGUUGGUGGAUGUCGACUUUGCCGGCGCUAUCGUUUCGCUGCAAGGAACGCACACGGAUGAUCCCCAAACACUACUAACAGCGACCUUACAGAAGGGCACUUUGUCGGAAGCCAGAUAUGGUCAGUACAUUCAAGGAGAUGCAACGCCUACUGCAACGCUUAGGGCUCCUGGAGUGGCUUUGAAGGUUCAGUUCGAAGACAAUCAGAAAGAUUCGGCACUCAAUGCCGAGUUGAAGGUUGAUGCCUCCACAAAUGUUCUGUACCCUAGUCUUGUGCCACUUGUCAAGCAAAUGACGGCUACUGUCAAGGAAGUUAUGGGUGAUCAGGGAGGACGACCUCGAAGACCGUCCAGUGCGGUGAUGCUACAGCCGCAGAAGUUGAUGCAGGAUACUCAGCUCGAAAAGAAAGACACCGACUCGAUCCUCGGACGGUGCAAGCUGAACGUAGGCCUCAUGAUUUGCAAACAGGAAUUCAGUCUCAGCUGCCAACCCAUCGCGAGAGUGGCCGCGACCGCCAAAUUCGACAGCGCCUAUGUUACGGUCAACACGGUGCAGUCUGAGGAAUAUGGACGCUUCUUUGCUCUUCAAGUUGCCUUCAACUCCUUAGGAGCGUCGGUCAAACACGUAUACUCCAACGAGUCAACGGCCAGCUUCGAGGUCAAUUCAAUGGUGAUGUCUGUCAUGAACAGCAAACAUCUGGGCAGCGCAAAGGGCAUUUCCGCUGUCCUGCGAAUCAGCCCAAUGCAAGUGGUGCUCAAUGCCAAACAAGUCCAAGACCUUCUGCUCUUCCGCGAAAUCUGGGUGCCGUCAAUGGAAGACUCUGAAGCCAGCCCUACAUUCCCGCCGCAAUCGCAGGAAAGCCAGGCAUACAUUGUGCAACGAUACCAACAGGUGGCAUCCGCGCCUGCAUUCCCAUGGAACACCACGAUCGCUGUCGAGAAGCUAGAAAUCCAGCUGGAUCUGGGAUCUUCUCUAGGAAAAGCACAGUUUGCCAUCAAUGGUCUCUGGUUGGCUACCAAGAAGUCAUCCGACCGUGAGCAGACUCUUUGCGUCGGCUUCGAUACGGCAGGUAUCGAAAGCAAAGGGCGAAUGAGCGGACUGAUAGAACUCCAAAAUCUCAAGCUGCAGACCUCUAUACAGUGGCCCGACGACAGCCUCAACGUCAAAACGCCACUUAUUCAAGCGUCCGUUUCCUUCCACCGGUUCCAGGUGAAGGUCUCCUUUGACUACCAGCCCUUCCUCAUUGCGGACAUCGCCAUGUUUGACUUCCUGAUGUACAAUGUGCGAACCGAGUCAGGUGCGCCGAGUGAGCGACUCUUCAGUACCUUGGAAGGGAACCAAGUGCAAGUAUUCUGCACCAGCUUGACUGCAUCGCAGACGAUCGCCCUGUACCACGCCUGGCAGCGGCUCAUUCAAGAUAAGCAGGCGGCAUAUGAGGCUUCUCUACGAGAGGUCGAGCGAUACUUGCGACGAAGAUCAACUGCUUUCACCGGUAAAACCGACGCUCCAACCAAGGACCUCGACGAGCCCACGGAAGACAAGACCGAGAAAGCACCCAUCUCAUUACAUACAGGCAUUGUGGUCACGAUCAAUUCCGUCAACAUCGGAGUCUUUCCCAGCUCGUUCUUCGACAACCAUGUCUUCAAGCUGGAGGCCCAUGAUGCGCAAGCUCGAUUCGACGUCUCCCUCGACCAGGGCAAAAUCCACAGCGCCCUGGGCCUCACUCUAGGUCAACUGCGCGUCGCCCUGUCGGGCAUCGUACGGCCCAAUUCUAUGGGCAUCGAGGAGCUCCUCGUCGGCGAAAUCUCCAAGCGCGUCGUCGGAUCAAGCGGCGGUACUAUCCUCAAGGUCCCUCGGCUCGUCGCGACUAUGGAGACGUGGCAGGAACUGGGCAUCCAUCAGAUCGAAUACAUCUUCCGCAGCACCUUCGAAGGCAAGGUCGACGUCGGAUGGAACUACUCCCGCAUCAGCUUCAUCCGAGACAUGUGGGAGACGCAUUCUCGCGCCUUGGCUUCACGACUAGGCAAGCCCUUGCCGCCAUCUGCUGUUCGCAUCACUGGCGGCCUCGGCGGCGAGGGUGGCGGCGACAAGAACGACCAGCAGGAGAAGAUCACCGCCGUGGUCAACGUGCCUCAGUCGAAAUACACGUAUGUUGCGCUAGAGCCGCCGGUCAUCGAAACACCGCAGCUGCGCGAUAUGGGUGAGGCUACGCCACCUUUGGAGUGGAUUGGGUUGCAGAGAGAUAAGUUGCCGAAUAUCACGCAUCAGAUUAUUAUCGUGACGUUGUUGGAGGUGGCUAAGGAGGUGGAAGAUGCGUAUGCGAAGAUUCUGGGGUCAUCUUGA